GUUCUCGAAAAUCAGAUAAUUUGUUGGCUUUAAAUGAUUAACUAACAACUUUUACAAAAAAGAGAACGAUUUCAUAAUGGUGAUUCGGUCUGUUUUAAAGUGUAAAACCGGUGUCUUUCAAGUACUGCAUGUGAGCUGAUGAACGGAACUUGACACUCCGAGAUCACUGAGAACGCCUUUUGACCAAGUACAACAACAUCGACAACGAGUCAAAAUGUCAGCAGACGAACACGUGAAAAAACGUGGAGGUUCUAAACCCACAUCGGCGAUAGAAGACACAAAAAGCAGUCGAUCAGAUACGAGAAGAGACAGUUAUUAUCAGCCCUGGACCCCUUCUGCAUACACAGCCUUUAAAACAUUUCUGUCUGCUCGUCUCUGUGCAGCUGUGUGGAGCAUCAUCACAGACUGUGAUGAAACCUUCAACUACUGGGAGCCACUGCACUAUGUGGUUUUUGGGUCUGGCCUGCAGACCUGGGAAUACUCACCUGUGUAUGCAAUACGGUCCUAUACUUAUCUAGUCCUACAUGCAAUACCAGUUUAUAUAUACAACUUCAUCUUCCAGUCUAACAAGAUUGUUCUGUUUUAUGUCCUGAGAUGUGUGCUGGCCAUUUGCUGUGCUCUCAGUGAAGUCUACUUCUACAAGGGCGUAUGUAAGCAAUUUGGAGCCAACACGGGCCGCAUCAUGCUCUGCUUCCUCCUCUUCUCCACGGGAAUGUUUAUCGCAAGCUCCGCCUUUCUGCCUAGCAGCUUUUCCAUGUACCUCACCAUGGUUGCCAUGGGAGCCUGGUUCCUAGGCAACAAUCAGGUGGCCAUCCUUGGUAUUGCUGCCAGUGCCAUACUGGGCUGGCCAUUUGCAGGAAUCUUGGGAGCUCCGAUUGCCUGGGAUAUUGUGGUGAGGAAAAAGAAAGUCAUCUUCUUUAUAAAAUGGUGUGUGGCUGGAGCCGUUGGGAUUUUAGUCCCUAUGGGUCAUAUAGAUCACCACUUUUAUGGGAAAAUUGUAAUAGCUCCAUUGAACAUAAUCCUCUAUAAUGUAUUUAGUGAACAUGGGGCUGAUCUCUAUGGAGUGGCACCAAUGUCAUUUUACUUCAUCAACGGUUUUCUCAAUUACAACAUAGCUUUCAUCCUGGCCUUGGUCAGUUUACCUCUAACAUUUUGUGUUGGACGAUUGGUGAAGACUUCAACCAGAAGUAGUCAGCUGCCUCUGUGGCUUAGCCUCCUACCUAUGUAUAUUUGGAUUUUGAUCUUCUUCACAAGAUCUCAUAAGGAAGAGAGGUUUUUAUUCCCUAUUUACCCAUUUUUUGCUUUGGCUGCUGCGCUGUGCGUGGAUUACGUCCAGAAGCUGUAUACAUUCCUUACUCCCAGAACUGCUUAUAGUCAUUACACAGAAAAAAGUAACUGGAUUGCCAUAGCAACAGGCAUCAUAUUUGCAGUGUUGUCAGUGUCCAGAUCUGUGGCACUGUACCAAGGUUACCACGCCCCUCAGGAUAUCUUCCUGGAGCUGACAAAGGUCAUGUCUGACCCACAUAUCCACACCAUGCCCGCGGACCGACCCGUCAAUGUCUGUAUCGGCAAGGAGUGGUACCGCUACCCCAGCAGCUUCUUCUUACCUGCAAAACAUUGGCACUUGCGCUUCAUUCAGUCAGAGUUCAAGGGUCAGCUGCCAAAACCAUACGGAGAAGAACCUGAUGCGACUUCAAGGAUACCAGAAAACAUGAACGAUAUGAACCUGGAGGAACCCUCCAGAUAUACAAACAUCAGCAAAUGUCAUUACCUGGUGGAUUUAGACCUGCCGGAAGAGUCGGUGCUUCAGCCUCGCUUCUCACAGGAGAAAGACAAAUGGAAGAUCCUCGCGUCUUAUCCAUUCCUGGACAACAGCAGGUCUAACAGAUUUUUUAGGGCUUUCUUCAUUCCGUUUGUUUCUGCCAAAUACUGCUCGUAUGUGGACUACAACCUGCUGAGGACCAAGCGCACAAAGAGAGCCAGUAAAGCCAACAGUGCCCAGAAAUCGCGCAGCACUGCCAGGUAGCCAUCUGCAGCGGAAAUUCUCUCUGAGAAUAGUCGACUUGAAAAUUCACCCCAAAAAGGUGCAGUUUUAGGGGCAAUUGGAGCUUGAAAACUGCGGGGCUGCAUCUGUGUCAUGUUUUUCAAGGAUUGUCGGCUGUGCCAUCAUAAGUUUUGUAAGAGAAGCAUAAGAGGUUGUAGCAAAUUGUACCUUUGGGUGAAGGGAUGGGGGUGUGCAUUAUGUCUGGAAGAUCUCUUUGUUUUGUGGUAUAAAUUUGAGAACAAACAUGGUAACUAUGUUCAGGUGCAUUUUUGAGACAAAAGCUUGUGGGGAAACUGUACUAUAAAUGUAAAUGGGCAGACAUGGGCAAAGAUAAAGACUUUGGGACAACUGUGUUCAAGGUGUAUGAAAUGGGAGACAUUUUAAAAUAAAGGCUAAGGGAGUUAAAAAGGAAAAUUUACUCAUUUUGGUGCAAAAUUGAGAGAAAAGCUUUCAUGGCCAUGGAGUAGUAUUCAGAUCUGAAGCUUAUGGGCUGUUUUUAUGCUUUAAAUCUAGAUGAAGUGGUUCAAAUCCAGCAGAUGGUGGUUGUGCUAGUGUAUAAAUGUUCAUUCGCUGCGACUAAGCAGCUUUGUAAGUUCGUUAUUCUGUCUGUCGGUUAGCUGGUAAAGUAUGUGACACCCUGUGUUUGAAACUGGGCCUAUAUUUCAACAUGGAUCAUUUUCUAACAAGGGUCCUGCGUGCAAAAUGACAUGAAAUCACAGAUACCUGGAAUGUCACAGCUGUCGCGAUUGUAUGCUUGUUUAUGUAUUGAUUUAUUUAUUAAUUUGAUGUCGUUUAACACUAUUUUCAAGAAUUUUUUACUGAUACGAUGACGGUCAGUACAUUAUAGUUAGGCGAUAGGGGGAAUGGAGUGCUGACCUUUGACCUUUACCGGCGAACUCUCCCACAUGUAACGUAGGGCCUACGUUUGUAUUGGGGGAAGGCAAGUUGUCUCUAAUGAACUUCAGGAAGAUCAUACAGUAAAGCACCGUCGACCACUUAUUGCCACAAAGACCACGCAAUAGAGCACCGUCGACCUCUUAUUGCCACGAAGACCACACAAUAGAGCACCCUCUACCACCAAAAGUCCAUUACCUAGAAGUGAGGAACUUCCCUAUAGCUGGUCUCCACGGCACAUUACACAUGUUACGUCAUCUGUAGAAGACCACAAGAACAGUG